AGAAGAUUGUGUGAGAGUGCCUGGGCUGUCUUUUUCAGUGAGUUGAGCACGUCAUGACUAUGGAAUAGGCCCCAAGACCAAGCUUUUGCUGGGUGUUAUAAGUGAACGUCCUGUGCAGUUGAGGAGAUCUUUUGAGCACGUUGCCCAGCCCUCGCCAAUGUCACGAUUUGCUAUUAGACAACACCAUCUCACAUCGAUUUGUUUACAAUCCUCAAGAAGCUCUCACCGCACAUUCUAUACUACCGCCAAAAUGUCUUCGGAUUCCGGCCACAUCAACUUCCCUGGCAAGACCUCCGCCACCCCAGGCGAAGAAUUCGAAGUCCGCCAAACGUCGACCACCGAAGACUACCAUCCCAACCCGUCCAAGUCAAUCCCGCUCUCACCCGCGCGCCAGCGACUGAUCGACGAUAUCAUCGCGCUAUACUCAAUGGAGCCCACGGUUGAGCGCGUGAAGCGAUACACCGCUGACUGCGUGUACGAUGACCAAUUCGUCUACGCCAACGACCGGUACAAGAUGGCCGGGCAGUGGUUCGCCUUACCCAAGCUCUUCAAUGCGAGCAUCAAUGAGGGUUAUGAGAUUGUCAAGAACGACCGCGAUCUGAUCCAAUUCAGAAAUGAGCAGAGCUGGACUUUCAAGCUCAUUCCAAAGACUGCGACGAUCAAUGCGCUCGUCAGUCUUAGCUUGGACCCUGGCACCGUCGACAGUGAUUUCAUCCAAGUCAAGUACCACAAGGACCAGGCCAAUGACAAGGACUACAGUCACGAGUAAGCUCUGCACCACUUAUGAGGCUCAAUAACGUGAGGCUAAUCAGAUAUCACAGGGGCGCUGGGUUUUCGUUCAAGA